AGCGGCCCUUUCAUCCUCAUCUGCACUGAUAAGAUGUGCGGGUGGGGUGAAGUUUUUAAACUUCAGCGACGAACACAGAGCAAAGAAUCCUCGGAGCUGUCAGUGAUUUACAUCAAAUAAAUCUUAACCAGCGCCACAAAUUAAAGACAUGGAGCCUUUAAUGAUGAGACCAGAAGUGAAGAAGAAACCCAAACCACCCAAACCUCCUCCGAAGGCUAUUGAGAACCCCACACCUGUGAUCCCACCUCGACCAACAGAUGCUGAACUCAGCCGAACACAAUACGGAGCGAAAAGACGAGAAACACCACAAAAAGAAAUCGGCGAACGCUCAUUACAAACGGAGAUGAAAGAAAAACCAACACCGACCCCCAGAGUUCCCCCCAGACCAACACAGAAGGAAAUUAGAAAUUCAAUAAAAAGCAGGAAUCACAGCGACGCAAAGCCGGAAAUCAAGCAGCGCUGGAGCGUAGCGGACGUAUCAGAGGUCUCUAAAGUAGUGACAGACAUCAAGCCGACAAAUCAGUCUGCCUUGUCUGGAGUUUUUCGACGCAGUCAGAAAGACAAGUCACCCACUUUCACUAGUUACAUGGUCGAUGACAAAGAGAAGGAACUAGCCGACGAUACGCCGGCCAAACCGGCGCCUGGGAGCAAACCGGGAGUUCUGAAGGGAGUAAAGAAAGGGUUACUGAAGCUACCUGCAAAGUCGGUCCGAGACCCGAGUCCAGAUCCCAGUCUGGACGAAGCAUCAGAGAAGGAGUCGACAGAAAAGAGGAAACAGGAGAAGAAGAGAGAGUCUAAGCAGGACAUUGGAGAUCGUCUUGUUGGGAUGUUUAAGAAAGCACCAAAGGACAGUCCAUCUGUGGAGGCCAGUAAAUCACAAAGUGAUGCUGAAGAGGAGGAGGACGAUGAGAAGACGUCUGAGCCCACCCAGGAAAAGGGGAGCUUCUUCUCGGGCAUCUUUAGAAAGUCUCCCAGACCAACAGAGGAAGCUUCGGACCAGGAGAGCUUGAGUGCCAGUGCAGAGCUGUCAGCCAGCAGUGACAGUCUGUCCGGGAAGGACAAAGGAGGAAAGUUCAACUCCAUGUUUAAGAAGAAACCGUCUGCCCAGAUCGAGGAGGACCAAGCAUCUGUCCACAGCAAUUUAUCUGACAGCAGUGAUAAUUUGUCUGAAAGACAGAAGCAGCAAAAAGGAGGAUUUUUUAGCGGCUUUUUACAAAAGCUACCUGGAGAAUUGACGUUUUCACAGAAUGAGCUGUCGUCCAGUGAUGAGAACUUGUCUGAGAAGCCAACCCCGAAGGGUGGAAAGUCGAUGAGGUCUUCCAAACCUCCAGACCAGCCCCUACUGGAGGAGGGUGCAGGGUUACAGAGCGAAUUGUCUGCCAGCACCGACAGUCUGUCGGAGAACAAGGGUGCGAUAUUCGGUGUGGUCCUCAGAAAGACGCCCAGACCAUCCGGAGAGUGGGAUCAGUCGGCCCACCAAGAUGAACACACCGUGUCUGACACCACAAAGACAAAGGAAAAAGAGGACAAAGAACCCUCUGGGGAGCCGGCUGAGGAAAACACCAAGGAAAAAGGAGGCAUUUUUAGUGGAAUGUUCAGAAAAGCUCACAAAGCAGCAGACCAAGACGAGGACGAGUCCUCGGAUGAAAAACUCACGGCCAGCAACGAGAAUCUGACCCAGGAAAAGCAGGAGAAAGGCAGCUUGUUCACAGGCUUCCGCAAAAAGACGACCAGGAAACUGGAGGAAGGAACAGAAUCACCUGGUCCGGAGUCCCAGAAAGAACUGUCGUCAAGCACCGAUGACCUGUCUGAGAACAACUCUGCCAAGGAAUGGAGUGUUUUCAGCAACAUGUUCAAGAAGCCCCAGAAACCAGCAGAUGGCGCUAAAGCGGAGAAGGACAAAGAACCUCUGAAGGAACUGUCCACGAGCACGGACGAUCUUUCCGAAAACAAGGCAGCUAAAGAGAAGAAUAUAUUCAGCAACAUGUUCAAGAAACCUCAGAAACCAACAGAGGGCGCUGCAGACCCAGAAACACAGAAAGAGUUGUUGUCAGCAAGCAGUGAAGACCUUUCAAAAGAAAACACUGGAAAAGAGAAAAACAUAUUCAGCAAUAUGUUCAAGAAACCUCAGAAACCAGCAGAUGGUCCUUCAGAAGAAAAGGACCUUGAAGCUCAGAAAGAACUGUCAGCCAGCAAUGAGGAACUGGCGGACAACACAGCCAAGGAAAAGAAAGGCUUCGCUCACAAGUUCAAGAAGCCGCAAAAGCCAGCAGAUGGCGCUGCUGCGGAGAAGAACGUGGAUGCAGAGAGUGAGCGAUCAGGGAGCUUAGAGAAUUUAUCAGCUCCGAAGGAGAAGAAAGGAGGCCUGGGUGGGCUGUUUAAAAGGUCAGCCAGCAUCGAGAACUUGUUUGACGAGGAGAAAGGAGGACUUUUCAGCGGACUUCGUAAGAAAACACCUAAAGCACCGGGGGAGGAGGGCGCUGCUGAGGAGAGAGAUUCCCAAGAAGACUUAUCAGCCAGCACAGAAAAUCUGUUUGAAGGCUCCAAGGAGAAAAGCGUUUUCAGCGGGAUUUUCAAGAAGUCUCCGAAACCAGCAGAAGAGCCGUCAGAGGAGGAACCCAAGCUCGCUGGAGAUAGGCUGUCAGUUAGCACGGACAAUUUGUUGGAUGAAAAUUCUGCCAAGGAAAAAUCUGGCGGUUUUGCAGGACUCUUCAAACGGUCGCCCAAACCAUCUCCAAGAGCUGCAGUUACUAAGGAUCCGCUGAGCGACUCCAGAGAACUGUCAGCCAGUUGUGACAGCCUCGCUGAGAGUAGCCAUGCCGAUCUGUCGGGAGAUGAACUCACCGGCAGCAACGACAACCUCUCUGAAGGAACAGCAAAGGAGAAGAAGUCUGGCUUCGCUGGGAUGUUCAAGAGGUCCCCCAAAACCCUUGAGAAACAGGAAAGUGAAGACAUGGAGGCACCAGAGGGAGGCGGCCUGAGGCGCCGGAGGACCAUCAAGAAGAAAAAGCGGGUUGUGUCAUUCCGGGUCAAGAAAACUCUUCCCAGACUGCCGAAGCUGAACUUACAGUCUUCAGAAAAGCUGCCUGAGAUCGAGGAGACGAUGGAGCUGCAGGAUCUGAAUCCACCGCAGGAAAGCGCUGUGGAAGUGGAGACCGUGGAAAUGGCUGCGUUCCCGACUGAAAACAGCCCUCUGGAGCCUGAGCAGGAAAGCGACGAGCUGAUGGAGUGGUGGAAUUCAGUCAAAGGCUGGAGUGAGUGGAACGAGACGUCCAAUUUCCAAGAAGACGAAGAGCAAAUGGCUCUGGAGCAGGCGGCCGACCGUGUCUACAUGGCGGCCCGGCUCUUCGUCCGCCUUUUCAACCAGCGGGGGGCGUCGCUGCAGCAACGCAUCCUGGAGCUGCUGGCCGUGGCCGACGCCGCCGACGAAUUCCACAAGAAGACCGUCUCGGCCGCCGUGGGAGGGGGCGUGGCCAGCGUGGCCGGCAGCGUGGCCACCAUCACCGGCCUCAUCCUGGCGCCCUUCACGUUCGGCGCCUCCAUCAUCGUCACCGCGGUGGGCAUCGGCGUGGCCACGGCAGGCAGCAUCACCUCGGCCACCGCCAACAUCACCGACACGGUGCACUCCAACAUGGACCGGAAGAAGGUGGAGAAGAUGAUCCAGGGCUACCAGGAGGAGAUCACUGACAUCAGGGAGUGUCUGGAGUUCGUGCAGGAAGGCAUGGACACCCUGCAGGAGUGGGACUUCGACAAGUACAGCCAGAGCGCGUCCAAGAAAGCCAUGAACCACAACAUCAAGCACGUGAUGAAGGAGGGCGGCCGCGCUGGCAAGGCCCUCAUGGUCAACACCGACAAGCUCAUCAGCACCGUGCAGGUGCUGGGCGUGGCCGGCGGCGCCGCCAAGGCCGCGCAGGCCAUCAGCGUCACCACCGGCGUCAUGUCCGCGCUCUUCCUGGCGCUGGACAUCUUCUUCCUGGCCAAAGACUCCCACAAGCUCCGGAAAGGCGCCAAGACAAAGUUUGCCGCCAAAAUCCGGGACGUGUGCAAAGACCUCCAGGAUGGACUCCUGGAGCUGAACAAGGUGAAGACCCAGCUGCAGAAGACCAUGGACGGCAUCGAGGUGGAGGAGUACGAGGAGAUCGAAGAGGUGGAGGAGGAGGUGGACGAGGAUUUGGAGUCGGAUCCCAAGAAGCUGGCUGAGCUGGAGCAUGAGCUGGACCUGAUGGAGGAGAAGCUGGACCGCAAGGUGGAGGAGGAGAAGAGGAUGAGAGAGAAGGAGGAGAAGAGCAGGAAGGAGAAGGAGGAGAAAUCAGAUGAGGGGAAAUCGGAAAAUGAUUCAGAGGAGGAGGAGGAGGAGGAGGGUGAAGGUGGUGAGGAGGCCAAACAAAAUGAAGAAAACACUCUGAGAGAGGGAGGUGUGAGAGCCAGCAAGCAGGACAAGGAGGUGGAGAACAGGGUGAUGGCGGAAAAACACAAACAGGAGAGUAAACGGGAGGAUGAGGAGGACAGAGCCGAGUGGCUGAAAGAGCGAGGGCAGGAGACGAACCAGUGGACUUCAGAGAGAAGCAGGAGUGAGAGAGGAAGCCACAGGAGCAGCAGAGAAGAAGGAGUCUGGGGUGAGAGGCACGAAGAGAGCCAGAGGAGGCACAGCAGCAGGAGCGAGUCAAAGGAGGCCGAGAGGAGAUCCAGAAGGACGGACGCAGACUGGAUGGCAGACGCGAGGGAGAGCAGAGAAGACGGAAGGAGUCACGGGAGGAAAGAUUCUCACCGGAGUCACAGGGAGUCUGAGGAGUCGUCCAGGAGUCACUACAGGAGAGGCUCCCAGGAGACCAGAGAGAGCCGAGUGGAGAGCACCAGGAAGCACUUUGAGAGAGGAGAGGAGCAGGGUGAGGAGAGGAAGAGGAGGAAGGAGGACGUUCACAGACGAGAGAGUGACAGAGAGCGCGACCCUCCUCGCAGAGGAGAGCGGCAUCGGUCCAGCAAGCUGCUGGAGGACGGCCUCUACAUCUAAGCUCUGAGGAUUCUGCACCACUGUGUUGUCCUUCAUACGUUUGCACACGUCGACUCCCAAACAUUGCAAAUGUGUCCUGGAGUUAUUGUCCUCCUUGCAAGCGAAAACAGUUCUUCUGAAUUUUACACAGUUUCAUGCUUUAAAUGGAGCGUGGAGUACGUCUCACCACUGCUCGACUUCCAGGUGAAAUCAUUUUAAAUGUACUUUAGAAGAAAAAAGAAAACAUGUUUGUUUUCCAUUUUAAUUGUGCUCUGUAACAUUCUGAUGAGACAUUCCUCACGCCAGAGUGGAGCUUUAUCUUUCCACAUUUUACUGAAUAUUUCGGCUAUAUUUUUAUAAUUGCUGCUGAUUUCCGGUGCGUCUGUUCCACUGGGUUCUUGUGAAACAAAUAAAUUA